GGAGAUACUUGGAAUAAAUCUCCACCCUAUUCAGUCCUAACAGGAUUGAGUAAGGGCUGCAGCCUAGAUCAAAAUUUAAUUAUUCCAAUCUCUACCCUACUCAGGUUAACAGGAUUUAGAAAGGGCUGUAGCAAAGGAGCAAAGAUUUAAUUAUUUGAAAAUAUGACCUUCAACAGACAUGUGCAAAAGCCAGAAACCUCUGGGCGGUCCUGGGUUAAGCUAGAGCCUCCAUUGGCACAGGGAAAUUGAUGGACAGUGAUUGGUAGAUGGGAGAACUGAGGGGAGGAACUUGGAUGGUUUCCUGAAAGAUAGGGGGUCUGAAGACUCCGGGAGGAGGGUGGAGGAGUUGGUCGGUGAUUGCAGUGGUACUCUGAGAAGCUUGCUCUGAAGGAAGCUGAAGGUGGGGGCCCCUGAGACUGUUUCUCCAUUUUGGUCACGUGAGUGAUAGGGACUGAUCUCUUUUCUUUGCCCCAGCUAUCUAAGGGCUUGGGCCUUUUGGCCCAGCCUAAACAGAAGGGGUAUUUAAGCCCUAUUCCCUUCUCUCCCUUUUUCUCUCUCUCUCUCUCUAAUUCCUUUCUUCCUAUUGUGAUUAAACUCCAUAAAAGAUUGACGGCUGAGGAGUAUAAAAGGGGGUCAGCAUCAAUUGGUGGGUUUGUCAGUUGCUGACAGUUAGGGCUGGCAGUUGGGGGAAAGUUUGCUGCUGUGUGUUGGGUUGGUGAUUGACAGUUAGUUUCUGGAAUAUAACAUUGAGCCUGAACUUAUUGAGAGGGUUUUUUUCCUUUUGCCUUUAGAGGGCUUUUGGGUUUGGGGUUUUUGGUUUAGGCUGUUAGGUUUUUUUUCUUUCUUGAACUUUUUGGAAGGUCUUCGUUGACAGACCUAAUUGGGGUUGGGUUAAACAGUAACUGAGUUUGUUUUGAUUGGGUUGGAACUUUGUGGGGUGGUUGUUAUUAGUGGUAGUUAUAGGCAGUUUUAGGCAGUAAAUAUAGGUAGUUAUGGGAUAACUAGUACAGACAUUACGAAAUUUUUUUUCUCUACCUCUUUCCUAUAUUUCUCUCCUUUACUAUAUUCAUUUUACUCUAUUCUUUUAAUGACUGUUUUAAUUAAACUAAAUUGUUAAAAGCUGCUAGAAUUUUUCUUUCCUCUGGCUUAAAGAGAUAAUAUUAAUUUACAACUCUACUAUAUUCUCAUAAAAACUUAAAUGAUUAAAAGCUACUCCCUUAUUUUGCCAAAACUCCUCAUUUAACACUUAUAGAGACACGACCUAGAAAAGAUGUAGGAUCUUCACCAGAUGGAUUCACUGGGGGUACUAUGCUGCCUAUAUAGGGAACCUGGAAUCCCAGGGAUGACCUUGGAGAGGGACAAACUCCCAACCCAGGUAAGUACAUUCCAGCCCCAGAUGGGAGCCCCCUCAGCCAGGGAGGCCCUUCCCUGGCUCUGACACAAGAUGGGCUGAGAAGUUGCUCCCUCCUUCCUGCUUGGCCAUUUCUGUCCCUACAUCCAAGGCAAGAGGAAUAGCCCUUCCCAACUCUCUUCUCAGCUUUGGGAGUGAUUCCUGGGCCCUUGGGCAACUCAGACCACAAGAGCUCCCCCCAGGCACUGCUUCCCAGUUCAGAUUUCAUCCUGGGCACAAAGUGCACAACAAGGAUUACUAUCAACUACUUCUUCCCUGUCUAGGGUUUGUGUCUUGGCUCUCUCUGCUUGACUAGUGACACUCACACCCUCUUCUGCUUCUUUUUACCUGUUCCCUCUUGAGUCUGGCAUGGAGCAGAACCUGAGGGUAUCCCCUGGUCUAUGCUGUCCUCAGGGAAGACUUUGGUCUCUGGAGCCGCUCACUGGCUUCUGCCUCAAAAGUCCUCGAGUCUUCCCCGCUCUCCAGCUCCUUCCUCUUUCCUCCUUGGUAGCCCAAGUCAGCCAGUAUAGAGAAACACCCUGAUGUAUGCCUGGCACUGCUCAGCAUAAAGGAAGGGAGAAGCCAUUGGCCACCCUCCAGGCCCCCCAAGACUGACCAAGGAGACCCCUCAGCAGCCAUGUCCAAACCAUCCACUGAUUGACCAUUUGGGGACCAUUUGGAACUUUGUCAAAAAGGCUUGCUAACUGCAUACCCAUUGAUCUAGGCAUGUAUCCUAGAGAUCCCCAACAGAGGGGAAAAACCUAUUUAUACAAUGAUAUCUAUAUAGCAGGUGCUUUUGUGGUAGUGGAAAAUUAGAAAUGGAGAGAAUUUCAUUAAUUGGGGAAUGACCAAACAAAUUGUGCUGUGUAAUUAUAGUAUAACCCUGUUGGGCUAUGAGGAAUAACAGGCAGCAUCAUUUCAGAGAAACCCAGGAAGACUUCCAUGAACUGAUGCAAAGUAUGAACAUCAGGAGAACAUUUUAUAGGAUAAUAGCAACACUGUGUGGUCAGAAGCUGUGAACGCCUCAACUGUUCUCAGCAAUUCAGACAAUUCCAAAGGACUCAUGAUAAGAAAAACCAUUUGCUUCCAGAGAAAGAACUAAUGGACUCUGAAUUCAACCCAAUAUUUGUUUCCCUCUUUUCCUUAUUUUCAUUUUUUGGUUUGAGAUUUCUUCCACAAAUGACUAACAAGGAAAUAUAUUUUACUUGAUUGCUCAAGUAAAAUCUAAAUCAGAUUGUUCGCUCCCUCAGAGAGGGGGAAUGGAGGGAGGGACACUAUUUGGAACGCCAAAAAAAUGAAUGCUAGAAAUUGUUUUUAUCUGUAAUUGGGGAGAAAAUAAAAUAUUAUUCUACAUAAAUCUCCUUAUAACUGUGAGAUGUAUAUGAGAUAUUUCUCUCCUACCUUCUUAUAGUGUGAUAUUCAAUAUUUAGCUCACAUUUCCUUAAACCCUGUCUAGUAGAGUAUGGUGUAGACUUAUGCUCUGAGCCUCAUUUCCUUCCAGGCUGCAUUCCCGUUUUCUUAGCAAUUUGUACCAAAUAAGGAAUUUUCUCCCAAAUUGCUUGUUUUCCACCUGACAGAUCCCCCUGAUUUUGAUGUCCAGCCCUAAGCCCAGGAAAGGGCCUGGUCCUUAUUGGUUAGAUAGUUGGCAUACUUUGCUUUAAUAAAUUGAUGUGCUCAGAAGAGCAGAGCUUUGAUUCCUCAGACAUUUUAUCUUUCACUUGUCACAGUUAACCUCUUUAUUUUCUUUUAUAUUUGCCUGGAAAUCUGGUCCCUGGGUCAAAGCUAUCCCAGCCCUCCUAAUGCCACACUGGACACCUCCCACCCCUACUACAAGUUGCAUCCUUCUCCCACUCAGGACAAGUAGACUGCAGGCACCAAGGCUCUCUGGCCUCAGUGUGAGCCCUCAUCUCCCUUUACCCAUGAGAAUAUUCUUCAGUGGAACCCCUUUCCAUGUAAAGAUAGGGCCUCCAUCCUUUCUUCAUCUUCUUAGGCUUUGCCUUCUCCUCUGUACUUCCUCCCCUGGAGGUUCUUCUCUUUCUGAGAUGUUAAAGACCACCUCCUUAGUCCUCCUCUCACUCCUACCUACAGCCUUUGAUGGUUUUAGCCACUCUUCCUAGAUAUUCUCUUCUCUCUUGAGUUUUAGGACACAGUUCUGUCUCUCCUGGUUUAGCUCCUACCUCUCUGACCUGUGAUUCUCUGUCUUCUCUGCUGACUCCUUCUCUAGAUCUUAUAACAGUAGAGUUAUGGUGAGGAAGUUCCUGCAGCCCUGUCUUUGGCUCUCUACUCUUCUCCCUCUGGACUUCUUUACUUGGUGAUCUCAUCAUCUACCAGGGUUGCAAGCACCAUUUCUCUGCUGAUAAGUCUCAGAUUUCCAUUUUCUGCCCCAGUCUCCAUUCUGACCUCCAGUCUUUCAUCCCAAAUUUCCUCACAGGGAUUUCACAGUAAGUGACCAGUAGACAUCUUCAGCUCAGUGUGUCCCAAAGACAUUGUUCUCUCUCAGCUAGACAGAACCCCCCUUCUCUAUAGCUGUAUCCUCCUCCCUCAAGCUCAGAACCAAGACGCCCCCCUUGACUCUUUACUGACCCUUAUCCACAUAUCCAAUAUGGUGCCAGGACCUGUCAAUUUCACCUUUGCAGAAUGUCUCCAAUAUGCCCUCUUCUGUUCUGUGUCACUGCCAUCCUCUUGGUGGAGGCCCACAUCACCUUCCUGAACUAUUAAGAAAACCUGCUGCUGGGUCUGUUUGCCACAAGGCUCUUCCUACUCCCACAAGUGAUUUUGCUACAUCUUAGUAGCUUCUGGCAGUUACCAAACAAAAGCAGUUACUGGUCAACAUGAUCAAUAAGAAAAUGAUCCGAGAUGAGCUCAGCCUUCUCUGAGGAUGGGUCACCUGGGCUGCAUCCCAAAUCCCUGAGCUCUCUGCAACACCUUCUCUCCUUUCUCGUGCCUUCCACAGUGUUAUAAGUAAAAUAUGAUCUAGUGACUCAUUACCUGACUGAUGAGCAUUUAUUAGUAAAGAUAGUUUGAGAGAGAGAGAGAUCUCCGGCUUUCUAUUCUCAUUCUCAAUUCAGCUUGCUCAGGCUGAGCUCGCCAGAGAUCAAGAGAUCAGGAAAGCUCAGAGAUAAACCCCCAGCCCAGAGAGCCAGUUCCAGGGAGGUACAAAAGCCUCCUCUCCUCCCUCACCUGCCUUUUACCUUCCCCCCAGCACCUCCCUCCUUGGCUCUGGCUCUGGCACUUUGUUGACUCUCACACUGAUGCUGGCUGCCCUGAGAAACAGCAUCAGGGCCACAGACAGGAGGUGGUGACGUUCCAGGAUGUGGCUGUGGACUUCACUAGGGAGGAGUGGCGCCUCUUGUCCCCACCCCAGAAGGAGCUGUACAAGGAGGUGAUGCUGGAGAAUGCCCAGAACCUUCACUCUGUGGGGCUUCCAACUCCCCCAGAAGACGUGUUCUCUUCUUUGGAGCAGAGGGAAGUGCCAUGGAUCCUGGAGCAAGAAGCCCUGAGGAACUGUUGUCCAGAAGGAGAGAUCAGACCUGAAAUGAAGGAGAAUCCAACAGAGAUGAGCCCUUCUGUGGAAGAAAUGGAAUUACAAAGAUUCAUGAGUGAUGGUCCCAAUAAGUUGCCUUUUAAAAGAGAAUUCUGUGUUGCACCUCAAAAUUUAUCUCAUAUUGAACAUCAAAGAAUGCACACUGGGGAAAAAUCUAUUGAAAUUAAUGAGUUUGGAAAGACUUUUAUGCACAGGGCCAGUCUUUCUAGACAUCAGAGAAACUACACUAAGGAGAGACCUAAUGAAUGCAGGGAAUAUGAAAAGACAUUCAGUCAGAGCUCCAGUCUUGUUAAACAUCAGAGUAUCCAUACUGGGGAGAAACCUUAUGAAUGCAAGCAAUGUGGAAAGACAUUUCUUUGGAGCUCCAGUCUUGCUGUGCAUCAGAGAAUCCACACUGGGGAGAAACCUUAUGAAUGCAAGCACUGUGGAAAGACAUUCAUUCAGAGCUCAUGCCUUGCUGCACAUCAGAGAAUCCACACUGGGAAGAAACCUUAUGAAUGUAAGCAGUGUGGAAAGACAUUCCGUACAAGCUCCCUUCUUGAUGUACAUCAGAGAAUCCACACUGGGGAGAAACCUUAUAAAUGUAAUCAGUGUGGAAAGACAUUCAGUCAAAGUUCCCAUCUUACUGUACAUCGGAGAAUCCACACUGGGGAGAAACCUUACGAAUGCAAGCCAUGUGGAAAGGCAUUCAAACAAAGAUCCAAACUUAUUGUACAUCAGAGAAUUCACAGUGGGGAGAAACCUUAUGAAUGCAAGCAGUGUGGAAAGGCAUUCAAAGAAAGAUCCAAACUUAUUGUACAUCAGAGAAUUCACACUGGGGAGAAACCUUAUGAAUGCAAGCAAUGUGGAAAGACAUUCAUUCAGAAGUCCAAUCUUGCUACACAUCAGCGAAUCCACACUGGGGAGAAACCUUAUGAAUGCCAGCAGUGUGGAAAGGCAUUCAGUUGCAACUCCCAUCUUGCUGUACAUCAAAGAAUCCACACUGGGGAGAAACCUUAUGAAUGCAAGCAGUGUGGAAAGACAUUCAGUCAUAGCUCUAGUCUUGCUUUUCAUCAGAGAAUCCAUAAUGGAGGAGGAACCUUAAGGAUACAAGCAGUGUGGAAAGGCAUUUAAAUGGAGAUCCAGUCUUACCAAACAUCAGAGAAUUCACAGUGCAGAGAAACAUUGUGAAUGCAAGCAAUGUGGGAAGGCAUUCAAAGAAAGAUCCAAACUCAUUAUACAUCAGAGAAUCCACACUGCGGAGAAACCAUAAGAAUGUUAGCAGUGUGUUGUAUGAAAGGAGAAAAGGUUAGCACUACCCUUGAUAAGGAUGGAAGAGGUCCUAGUGGCCUUUAUAACACACAUACGGUUAAGGCAUUGCCACCUACUCUGUGGCAUCUAACCAUGUUUUUGCAAGACAUAGAAAAAGUCAAAAUGUAAAAUAAGUAAUUUUGACAACAUCAAAUUAAAAAGCUUUUGUACAAACAAAACCAAUAUAACUAAAAUCAGAAGGAAAGCAACAAAUUGGGAAGCAGUCUUCAUAAAAACCUCUGACAAAGGUUUAAUUAUUCAAAUUUACAAAGAGCUAAAUCAAUUGUACAAAAAAUCAAACCAUUCUCCAAUUGAUAAAUGGGCAAGAGACAUGAACAGGCAGUUCUCAGCCAAAGAAAUCAAAACUAUUAAUAAGCACAUGAAAAAGUGCUCUACAUCUCUUAUAAUCAGAGAGAUGCAAAUCAAAACAACUCUGAGGUAUCACCUCACACCUAGCAGAUUGGCUAACAUGACAGCUAUGGAAAGUAAUGAAUGCUGGAGGGGAUGUGGCAAAGUAGGGACACUAAUUCAUUGCUGGUGGAGUUGUGAACUGAUCCAACCAUUCUGGAGGGCAAUUUGGAGCUAUGCCCAAAGGGUGAUAAAAGACUGUCUGCCCUUUGAUCCAGCCAUAGCACUGCUGGGUUUGUACCCCAAAGGCAUAAUAAGGAAAAAGACUUGUACAAGAAUAUUCAUAGCUGUACUCUUUGUGGUGUCCAAAAAUUGGAAAAUGAGGGGAUGCCCUUCAAUUGGGGAAUGGCUGGACAAAUUGUGGUAUAUGUUGGUGAUGGAAUACUAUUGUGCUAAAAGGAAUAAUAAAGUGGAGGAAUUCCAUGGAGUCUGGAGCAACCUCCAGGAAGUGAUGCAGAGCAAAAGGAGCAGAACCAGGAAAUCAUUAUACAUAGAGACUGAUACACUGUGGUACAAUUGAAGGUAAUGGACUUCUCCAUUAGGGACAAUGCAAUGUCCCUGAACAAUCUGCAGGGAUCUAAAAAACACAAGCACAAACACUAUUCACAAACACCGAGGAAAAGCAACUGCUUGACUACAAGGGUUGAGGGGACAUGUCUGAGGAGAGACUCUAAAUGAACACUCUAGUGCAAAUACCAACAACAUGGAAAUCGGUUUGAAUCAAGAACCCAUGUGAAACCCAGUGGAGUCACGCGUCGGCUAUGGGGGGGGGGGGGGGGAAUGAUCUUUGUCUCUAAUGAAUAAUGCUUGGAAAUGAUCAAAUAAAAAAUUAUUUAAAAAAAAA